AUGUCUUGCUCUCUCUCCCCAAAUUGCACACACCGACCACUUCUUCCUACACAGGCAACUCGUGAACAUCUCGACACCUUCAUUUCCCAAUAUCAUCCAACUUCUCUGCCUCUCCCUCACCAUUUCUUCUCUUCAUCACAUCCUACAUCUACCGCCAUUCCUCAUCUUCCUUCACCUCAUUCUUUACACCUAAUCGAAGCGUACCACUUCUUCCUCUCUUCAAGCAACCACUCCAGUGUGCAAACAACCAAUGCACACCAUUCACCUCCUCCAACUCCUUCUUCGUUAGGCUCCACUUCAACAGGUGCUCUCUCUUCACUGCCUCACGUACAUUCCCUCUCCCAACUAGCUCUCCAAACCUCCAUCGAUAACACCCUCACUACAUUCCUCGAGACCUCUAUAUCGCUGUCCUCUACUUCCUCUACUACUUAUCGCAACAGUUGCCCUGCCUCUCCAACUCCUUUCCGUACCCCUCCUCCUCCUCGUAAACCUUUACCCUCCCACCCACCUCCUACUUUCACUUCUUCCACUCCAUCUACUUCUAUCUCCCACCCUAUACCAACAUUCCGCGGUUCCAGUUAUUCCCCCAACGUCCAUCACACCAAUCGCCAAACCCAUCAUCAAAUUCCUCCAAUUUCAACUAAAUCCUACCAUCCACAUUCUAUUCAAAUGCAACUGUGUCCGCCUUCAAAACAAUUUUUGCAUCCAGUUCAAAUGUCCCCAGACAUUUUACUUAACAAACCAAACAAUUCUCACACUUACGCACGCUACCACAAAUCGCCUUUCUAUCCCUCAUUUCCCUUAUCAACCAACUCUCCCAGACCUUCAUCAUCACCUCACACAAAACACAUCUUAACGACCCACGUGCGUGCAUCCGCACACACCUCCUACUCAGUCUCCCAAUCCUCCAUCACCUCCCACAUCUCCGCCAUCUCCGCCAUCUACACCGUCUCCCACCUCUCCUCCCAAUUCUUCCUCCCCUCUCUCUCCAUCUCCGAGGAAAUACACCUUGUCAUGUCCAUAAUCAUCACUAAGAGGCACAUCACUGGCCCCAAGCGCCACACA